UGCAAAUUAUCCUGUUCCACCUGAAAGUAUAUAGGUAGUUUGUAAAGAUCCGCAAGCCAUGGUAACCAAAGAGGAGUACAAAGCCUGGGAGAAGCAAGUGAUCGAGGUAUUCUAUGAAGGUCCUCGUGUCACUGAGCUGGUUCCCAGGGAAGGAGCUCCGGCAGUCCUCAAGAAGCAGAAGUUUAUUUUGUAUGCACUUGAAGCCGAUGGAAAAAGUGCCAACUUGGUUGAACAAUCCCAAGUGAAUGAACUGGUCAAGAAGGAUCACCUUUUGAUGUUCCAUGCAGGCUCGCAGUCCUUGCAGAAGGUCUCACGUGGCCUGGAGGGUGACACAUUCUUUCAUCCAGCAUUUGAUGUCGGAGGCUUGACCAACUAUCGUCAGGACAUCGGAAAACAUGCCGAGAAAGCGGGUGAUGCCAUUCUGCUGCGCCCAGAUGGCAACCUGGAGGAGUGUGCUGCCUCGAUUCAAAGCCAAUGGAGCCAAUUAGCUCAGAAGGAGAUGCCCAAACAGCUGCAUUCAGACUUGAAAGCUUGGCUGGUCUCCGUGCUCCUGGCAUUCAAGACCUCUGCCCAGCUCCACUUCUUGGCCUUGCCGCAGGAGCAUCGGGUCUUGAUCACUGCAGGUGAUGUUCGCCAGAAAACUGGCACGUACUUCACUCGUUGCUUCGGUGGAUCGGUCUAUGCAGAGGAGGCCAAGGGCGACACUGAGCUUUUUUGUGCCGUGUCUCGCGAGUACGUUACCCCGAAUAUCAACAUGAAGAAUAUUGAUCUGGAAUACUACACUUAUUCGAGUGCGGACACCAUUGCAGCAACUGGUGGGCUGGCUUAAAGUACGGAAACACUGAGGAAGCUGCAUUCUUGUCGGUCUUGUACUUGGAGAACUGCAAUCGGUCGCAAGCAAAAA